AUGGGUCAGCAUCUGGCUGCUGCCAGAAGUGCUGUGGAAGUUUGUGCAGUCAAGAAUCCCUUCAGUGAAGAAGUACUACAAAAAGUAAAAGAAGAUGAAAUAAGUCUCAUGAUGAACAGCUUAUAUGCACUUCAUGAUAAAUUGGCACAAGUAGCAGGGGAACAUGAAUGUGGCAGCUCUAUUCAAAGAAAUCUUACCGUCCAGGAGGCAGCUGCAUAUUUAAAAAAUUUAGAUCCAGAAUACGAAAGUGUACUUAACACAGCAUUACAAUGGAUCUUGAAGAGUGGGGAAGAUGUUGGCAUAAAGUGUCUCAGCAAUGACCCUAAUGAGAUGGAUGUCAUUAAUGUGACAGAUGUGAAGUAUCUGGAAUCCACUAGUCCAAAGAUGUCUUUCAGGUGUCGUUUUCGCCGUGCAUUUGUUAACGUAACUCACAGAUUAUCACUAUUGCUUUUGGGUAUAGCAAUGGUCUGGGGAGUCUUGCACUACAUGAAAUACCGUUGGGCAAAAGAGGAAGAAGAAACGAGGCAAAUGUAUGAUAUGGUGGUAAAAAUCAUAGAUGUUCUAAGAAGUCACAGCGAGGCAUGUUCUGAAAAUAAAGACUUGCAGCCUUACAUGCCUAUUUUACACGUGCGUGAUUCUCUAAUACCACCGCAGGACAGGAGGAAAAUGAGGAAAGUCUGGAACAGAGCAGUUGACUUUCUUGCGGCAAAUGAAUCUAGAGUUCGCACAGAGACACGAAGAAUAGGUGGUGCCGAGUUCUUGGUUUGGAAAUGGAUGCAGCCUUCUGCAGCGUGCGACAAAAUUUUAGUGAUACCAUCGAAAGUGUGGCAAGGCCAAGCAUUUCAUCUAGAUAGAAGAAAUUCGCCACCAAACAGCUUGACACCAUGUCUAAAGAUUCGCAAUAUGUUUGAUCCAGUUAUGGAAAUAGGUGAUCACUGGCAUCUAGCAAUUCAAGAAGCAAUCUUGGAGAAAUGCAGUGAUAAUGAUGGAAUUGUUCAUAUUGCUGUUGACAAAAAUUCACGUGAGGGUUGUGUAUACGUCAAGUGUCUCUCUCCAGAGUAUGCUGGAAAGGCUUUCAAGGCAUUGCACGGCUCUUGGUUUGAUGGAAAGCUGGUAACGGUAAAAUAUCUGCGACUAGAUCGGUAUCAUCAUCGUUUUCCCCAGGCUCUUACUUGUAACACUCCACUGAAGCCAUCAAACAAACACAUGAACUCUAUGUCACAUCUGCGUCUUCGGACAGGCACAACUAAUUCUCAGGGAGGUUCCUGAGAAGACUUUCUACAACUGCUAGGACUGUUACUUGCAACAGGAAUUUUCCUGUUUGGCUGCCGUCUUCCUUUUUUAGUGCUUUUUGUAUGUAAUACUUUAAUGAAUUAAAUAAAAGUUUGAACGUUCCAGAAAUCUUGUUUCCAAAGGGACUUAGCAAUGAGGCAGUAAUACUGAGCUGACAAAAAAAAAAAGAAAAAAAGAAAAAAACACUCGCUUCAGGAAGUUUCCGGGGCUAUAGUAAACCAAUGCAUUUAAGUUUUGCAUGAGGAAUACCGAACUCAUUAUACAUUUGCAGAUGUGGUGACUGUAUUUUUGCACCAAGAAGUGUUUUUGAUAAUACAAAAGCAUGGAGAAAAGAAGACACUUCCUGUAUUUCCAUAGUUUCCUGUGAUAUAAACUUGUGGGUAUUUUGUAACAACCAACCUACAGUUCCUGAUGGUGAAUAAGUUAAAAA